AUGAAAGUAAGUUAUGUUCUUCCUGAUCUCAUUCCCACACGAGAUCAUUACUCUGUUGCCAAGUCGGGUAUUUUUACUUCACCAAACUAUCCUGGACUUUAUCCAAUUGAUAUUAUCUGUGAAUAUCAACUGAUUGGCAAUUCAUAUGAAAUAAUUGAUUUAGAAUUUCAAGAAUUUGAUGUGGAAAGUAACUCUGUAAGAUGUUCAACAGAUGGGGAUAGUGAUUACGUUGAAUUGCGUAGUUGUUCAACUUUAUCAUCAAUAUUAGAUUUAGGCAAAAAGUAUUAUUGUCAAAAUAUUGAACAUGAUAACAAUGAUAAUAAUAAAACAAUCCAUGUAAAUUGGAGAAAAUCAUGUUUAAUUAUCAAAUUCUUUUCAAACAGUAUGAUUGUUCGACAUGGAUUUUUAGCAGCUUAUAAAUUUCUACUCUCAGAAUCCAGCCACCUUCGAAAGGAUAAAACAAGCUCUUUACUACAAAUACUACUAGUAACCUUAAUACAUACUUAUGUACACAGAACUUUCGAAGUGAAUCAAUACAUAAUGAUGGUUUAA